UUGGAAGGCGUGGCUGUUUAUUUCUCAUUUCGAUUCAGAAAGUCCCUCCAUAUUUAGGUUUACUUACUAAUCAUGUUGAAUAUAGUCGCUGAGGAGUAAGAUCAGUCUAAAGAAACGUGAUCACAAUGUGUGACGUGAGUUUCACCUUUGCAAACAGGCAGUGUGUAAUUAGUACAGACAAACAACUCUGUCACUGCAUAACCAUUGCUUAAGAAACUUUGCAAACUGCUGUCUGUUCCACUAUUAGUCAGUUACUGAACUACCUGAGAUGCUAAUACUGUGCAAAAACAGAUGUUGUUGCAACAUGUCUGUGCUGUCACUCUGUGGUCUGUUCAGUCAGCAACAGUCUCCGCACGAGUGCCACUUCCUUCCCUCACCAAUGGCAAAAUGUGUGAAACACGCUGCAUAAACACUGUGCUGUUGCUCUGUUAUUGGUGUAUAACCAUUAAACAUGUUGAGUCAGCAGGUGACACUCUGUAAACCAGAAAAACAGCCUCACAUUGUGUCCCUGUGAUGUUCAGCUGAUGGCUGAGGGAGAGAAAAAUCACAACACUCCUCUGCAAGGAAGCAACAGAGGCGCGUUAGAUCGUCAUCAGUCUUCAGUCAUGGCAUAUGACACUUCCUCACACGGCAGACCUGUCGCCUUCACGGCCAAGCUGAAAAUCGACGACAGCCACCCAAAACACUCCGGAGUCCUGAAGUUUGCCAACGUGCUGGUCAACGAGGGAGGAGGCUACAGUCCUGACACAGGCAUCUUCUCCUGCCCCGUGGACGGCCUCUAUCACUUCAUGGUGCACAUGACGGUGUACGGAUGCGGACAGUGUGCCAUAUUCAAGAACGGAGAGAAAGUAGUGUCCCUGUAUCACAGGAAUCUGCCGGAUAGACUCAGUUAUAACAGCAGCCAGGUGGCCAGUGUCGGCAGCGUGGUCAAACUGUCCAAGAAAGAUGAGGUCUGGAUUAAUUUAUGGGGGCAGGGUCGACAUGACAUCUUUGCAACAGAAGAUAAUGAUACUAUCUUCACUGGGUUUUAUUUGAGAUAAAGCUGUCAUUGUCACAUGUUAUGAUCAUCAUACAGUAUCGUGAUAAUCAUCCUCAUGCAUUCUGAUCCUCUCAUUUUAAAUUCCAAGUGCAGCGUGUCUGAAACUAAAUAAAAUAUCGUGCAUUGGAUUACUGAUCUGCAUUGAACUCGUC